UUGGCCGAUACCGCCCCCUUUCAGUCGCUCUUUCCAGAGCCAAGCAUUCAGUUCCAAACACGCUUCGACAGCCGAGUUGAAAACGUCGCGGAUUGUGCCAGUGCCGGGUGCUAAAGUGUUAAUGAAUUUAAUUAAAGUGAGUGAUGGAGGAAAAUCAACAUUUAGCUGAAGAAUAUGUCCAGGAUUUCGUUCUGGAUCAUUUAGAGGACAUUACUGUGAAACGCGAGGACAAACGUCCAUUUGGAGACGAAAAUACGGGUUGGUUACAGUACGAUGACUCUUCCAGUCGUUUAUGCCGGAAUCAGUGGGAAGAUAGACGAAUUCCAACGCCUCAUCCUGAUUCUACUUAUCAGCCACCUGUGUUAGUUAAUAUGACGCUUAUGAACGAUCCAGGUACACCGCCAGAUACUCCUCCGACUAAUUCUCCAGUUCCCUGUAGGCCACAAGGUAUAAUGGACGAAAUGAUGUGGUUUCCUCCUACGAUUAGAGCAGACCCACAACCCCUAGAUUUACGUCCUCUUCAUUGCAUGGGAGGAGAACCAGAUUGGGAGAGAAGAGACUACAUUCCUUCUGGUAUGAUUUUAGAUGCUCCCAAUCACCACCACCACCACCACGGCAUCCAUCAGAGACCUCAGUCGGUUUGUUCGGGUGUUAGUGCGCUCUCCCCUAGAAUGAACACUAAUAAUAGUGGCUACUCUACUUGUUCUGAGGACUUAGGUUUGAGUGAUGAGUUACUAAUGAACCUAUCAGUGCGAGAACUUAACAAAAGGUUGCAUGGGUGUCCGAGAGAAGAGAUCGUUCGAUUAAAACAGAAGAGAAGAACGCUCAAAAACCGAGGUUACGCACAAAAUUGCCGAUCAAAGAGGUUGCAACAGAGGCAAGAUUUGGAAACGACCAACAGAUCCUUGCAGCAUGAAAUCCACCGGUUAAAAUCAGAAUUGGCGAGAGUGUCUCAAGAAAGGGAUCUGUAUAAACAGAAGCUGCAUCUUGGCCGACCUCCGCAUCUAAACGGUGGCCUUAAUUCGGAUGGACAGAGUUCACCAGAGUUCUACCUAUGACAUCAUUUCCCGGGUCGAAGAAACUAGUAGUUUUCGGCCCCACGGUGUGCUAAGACAUUUCGGCAUGAACCGUGAAGUGUACAAAACGGGACUACAAAGUCAAAUGUUAUUUGCACAAUUUUAUUUUGUAUUCGUAGGAUAUGAGACUGUUCUCUCGUAAGAGAUUUUUCAUUUCUUUUUCUCUUGUUACUCUUAAACACUUCAAGUGAAUUGCAUAUCUUUUUAAUUAGUCGUUUUUUCAUUUUUAUAAUCUAUUUUUAUAAAAAAACGGUUGUGUUAUGGAUGAUAUAUAGAAUAUGUUACGUUUUGUAAAUAAACUUACUUAAUAGGUUUUUUUUUCUGAUUAAUUUGUUUAUUUUUGACAUGUAACCUUCACAUUGACCAUAAUAUUAUUUUUUCUUUGAUCACCUAAAAUAUUUCCAGUUUGACUACAGUUUAAUAAAAUCUUAACAGGUAUUUUUCAGUAAUCAUUAUAGGAUAUUAUUAAAUUUAAAAUGGCGCCAAAAGUUGAAGCGAAAUCAAUAAAUCAUCGUUAAAAUUACAAUUUUUUAUUAAAAAUUCAGUAAACGACUUCAAUAUUUUUUAAAAUACUAGUACUUACCUAAUUUUAUUUUUUUUUUGUAAUUUUGUGACUUUUGUGCAAUUAUUGUAUUAAUUAUUGUUUGUUUUUGAUGAUUAUGUUCAGUAAAGAAGCUGUUUUUAUCUUUACUGUACUAUUGUGAUGGUUAAAGCGUACCUGGAUGCAUUCAAAGAUCCAGUUGACAUAUUGUUUUUGUAAAACUAAUAAAUAUAUUUUAUAAUAAAAUAUUUGAAAAUU